CGCGCCCCUACAGGCUGCCUUACGUGCUUCAACCAGGAAAUCGUCAGGCCAGUUUGGUUUCAUGUUCAGACGGAGCAUAGCCAGGCACGCUGUGUCAGUGAGUGUGCUAAUGAACAAACAUGGUGCUAAACUUAACACGAGCACUACGCAACUUUAACCUUGAAAAUCGGGCUCAUGGGCUUAUUGGCAAGGAGAAGCCAAGGCCUGCACCCUCCCAUCCGAAAACAGAGGAUGCACUGAGGGCAACCAAAACACAUCACCCAGACAUUGAAGAUAAAAUCCGUAACAAAGAUAAUCUGCUUCUGACAAGGCUGAAAGAAGUUUAUGUUGACUCCAGUGACCCAUCUUCUGAGGUACAAACCAAAGAGAGUGCAUCUGCGCAAGAAGAGCUAAGACUUCCAAAACUCACUGUGAAUCGAGAGACCCUUAUGGAUCUGGAUGUAGAGAGUAUUCCUAAAGGAAAGAUUUCUGUGCUUGAGGCACUGACACUUCUCAACAACCAUAAAAAUUCUCCAGAAACCUGGACUGCUAAGAAAAUAUCAGAAGACUACCACUUAGACUCCAAGAAGACCCAGGCACUGCUGGAAUACUUUAUACCUUUCAACGUGAAAAUGAUUCCACCCAAAGACAAGAAGCAAAUUACAGACUCGUAGAACACCGGAACUUAAUAGCUGAAGGCAAUUAUUUAUAUUUAUUUGAGAACUCUGAUCUGAUGAAUAUUUUGUUUUCUUUAACUCUUCUUAUCUGUGAUUUCUUGCAUUAAAGUCUUUGUGGUAAUUGGAUAGUCUGUCCCAGUGUACUCACUUUACUGCAUUCCAUAAAAACUAGACUUCUUGCAUCCCUUCUUAUAUAUUUAAUCUUAUACCAUAUGACACAAACCAAUAGAGAGAUCAGUUAUGUACUUGCUUACCACUUUGUACGUUGGGUGCUCAAGCCCCACACCUUGAACUUCGGGAGCCAUACAUGGAACACACAGAAAAACAGGCUGGCACUUUCCAGGCCACAAACAGGAGUAAAGUCAAAGCAGCUCAGUUGAGUAAAAAACAUUCUAGUUUAUUUGUAUCAGUACAUAAUUGUAAAAAGAUUUAAACAUUUUGUGCCUCAGCAGCGAAAUUAAUCAUAGGCUUAUCUUAUACCAUCUCAAGACAUUUCCCAAUAUUGAUAUUCUGGUCAAUAUUUUUACGUAAAUUAUGGGACUUAAGUACCAUAAACUAACAAAUCAACAGAUUUUCAACUGUGUUCUGUAGAACAUGAGAGAUCAUCUGAAUUGUAAGUUAUCCUAUCCACUGAAUACUUAAUAAAAUUGCCUACAAGAGGUUCUGUUUGGCAGUACACCUGACUUUUACUCAACCAAAAAUUGUUUCCAAACCAGGAAUUCAAAAAUAAGCACCAACGUUGAGGCCACUGGGAGUAUUCUUCAGAAGCAGGCUUCAUGGCAUCUGGCAAAAUGCCUGUGGCCACUCAUAUUUUAUUUAGAACUGUUGUGUCCCCUUGCUUUAACCCUUUAGAUCUUAAUGCCCAUCUGUCACUCAGGGGCUUCAUUAUCUUAGCUAAUUCUUUACAGGUGCUCAUCUUCAAUGAGAAGAGACAAUACCGAGCACAAUUAUAGGAUAUCUCUGAGACAGGUGCCUUACUUUCAUUACUGCAAUAUUCAUUAUUAAUUAUAUUUAUUUCAUAUGACUGAAAAAGUUCUAAACUGUGGUGUAACAGGGUUUCUUAAAGAAUUUAUACACUUCUCCAUAUGCUACUGCUAAUGAAUUAUUAUAGAUGUUACAGGUAAUGGUGUUGUACCAUGUUAGCUAGUCAGAGUUAUCGAGUAAAAGUUUUGUAUGAAACAUUACAAAAGUUGUAUUACAAUGAUAUUUUAAUUGGCUAACUAUGAUUAACAGUAGCAUAUGGAUAUUCCUUAACCAUGUUUAAACAUGUCCCAGUUGGGCCUGUGCUAGUAAUUACAUUUUCAUUUCAGAAUGCACAAAAUGCAUGGUUUCAUUCAUCUCUUUGUAGAAUCAAAUCUUUGCCCAAACACCAUAGGCUUUACAGACGGAAAAAGAUCAAAGUGAAUGCAAGGGAUAUAUUUUAUUAAAAUAUGUUUUUCAAACACCUUGUUUUUUUCAAAUUAUACAGUAUCUUGGUAUUCUGCAGAUCAGGGUCCCAUAUAUAGAAAUAUCAGGCUUCAGGUUUCCUACAAUAACUAAAUGUGGACAAAUAGAAAAAAACUCCAGUCAACAUGACUGAUUCAGCCAGAGACUAACCCCUACCCCUUUGGUACAUGUAGCAAUGCCAUCUGUUGUCUCCUGCUGGGAACUUUUAGUGCUGUCACGUGCAGUGUGACUUUUAUAAAGCUGUUUAGGUACAUCUUCAAAUAUGCAACCUAAAAAAAUUGUAGUAUCAUUAUGUUUCAAGUUUCAAAAAAUGAGUUUAUUUUACAAUAUGAAUUUGCAUAUUGAUUGUCGCUAUUUGGAUAUGAUGUUUUCUGAAAUGGGGAAGUGCAAUAUAACCUUAUGAAUCAUUGUAAUUACAUAUAAGGUUAUGAAUGUUCCUUUUCUUUUGGAAGCAUUAGGUAAUAAAGCUCUUGUUUUUAAACAGAAA